AUUUUGUGAAUACUUGUGAUGUGUCAUCAUCCACUUUACAGACAUUUAUUGAUAGGGUUGAAGUGUGCAGUUUUGUUGUCCACAAGCGGUGCCAUGAGUUUGUUUCAUUCACUUGUCCAGGAGCAGAUGUGGGACCCGAUUCAGAUUCCACAAAUUCGCACAAGUUCAAACUGCACACCUAUGGAAGUCCUACAUUUUGUGACCAUUGUGGAUCUCUGCUUUACGGUCUUAUUCACCAAGGACUUAAGUGUGAUGCAUGUGAUAUGAACGUCCAUAAAAGAUGUGAAAAGAAUGUGCCAAAACUGUGCGGUAUGGACCACACGGAGAGAAGAGGUCGCAUCUGCAUCAAAGUCCACAUGGAUGGCCAGAAAAUGGUCGCGUUGGUUAGAGAAGCUAGGAACUUAAUACCAAUGGACCCAAACGGCCUAGCUGAUCCAUAUGUGAAGGUCAAAGUGAUUCCAGUUGAGUCCUCAAAAGGAAGCAAGCAGAAGACCAAAACACAAAAAGCAACACUUAAUCCUGUUUGGAAUGAAUCAUUUAGCAUUGAGUUGCUUCCAGAGGACCAUUCCAAGAGGCUUUCGUUUGAGGUUUGGGACUGGGACCGGACCUCAAGAAACGAUUUCAUGGGCUCAUUGUCAUUUGGGGUUUCUGAGUUGAUGAAGGAACCUAUUGAUGGCUGGUACAAGUUACUGAGCCAGGAAGAGGGAGAGUUUUAUGGCAUUCCUGUCACGGAUGAUGUUGUCAACGACAUGAUAGAGAUUAACAAAAAAAUGGAGAAACCAAUAUUACAAAAAGAUGUCUCACCCCAUGUGGAUAUUUCCAAAAACAUGAGCAAGCAUGACACAGUACGCCAGACAGAUUUCAACUUCCUUACUGUGCUAGGCAAGGGCAGUUUUGGCAAGGUAGUUUUAGCAGAAAGGAAAGGAACAGAUGAACUAUAUGCUGUAAAAAUUCUGAAGAAAGAUGUCAUCAUUCAAGACGAUGAUGUGGAAUGUACAAUGAUAGAAAAACGAGUCCUUGCACUUCCGAAUAAACCACCAUUCCUAGUACAACUACACUCCUGUUUCCAAACAAUGGAUCGUCUGUAUUUUGUGAUGGAGUAUGUAAAUGGAGGUGACCUUAUGUAUAGAAUUCAACAAGAAGGAAAGUUCAAGGAGCCUAUUGCAGUGUUCUAUGCAGCAGAAAUUGCUAUUGGACUGUUCUACUUACACAAGCAAGGCAUAAUCUACAGGGAUCUUAAGCUAGACAAUGUCAUGUUAGAUGCCGAUGGACACAUAAAAAUUGCAGAUUUCGGAAUGUGCAAAGAAAAUAUUUUGGGAGACAAAAACACUCGAACAUUCUGUGGCACACCUGAUUACAUUGCCCCAGAAAUAGUUUUAUAUCAGCCCUAUGGUAAAUCUGUAGACUGGUGGGCUUAUGGAGUGCUGCUGUAUGAAAUGUUAGCAGGACAGCCUCCAUUUGAUGGUGAAGACGAAGAAGAGCUCUUCACAUCAAUCACAGAUCACAAUGUAUCCUACCCCAAGUCUAUGUCCAAGGAGGCUGUGUCCCUCUGCAAGGCACUACUGACAAAGAACCCUUCCAAGCGUCUCGGCUGUGGGCCAAAUGGUGAACGAGACAUCCAAGACCACUCUUUCUUCAAGAGGGUCGUGUGGGAUAAGAUCCAGAGUAGGAAUGUACAGCCCCCUUACAAGCCAAAGAUUAAAACAAAGAAAGAUGUCAGUAACUUUGAUCGUGAGUUUACCAGCGAAGCCCUUAAGAUGACUCCUACAGACAAGUUGUUCAUUAUGAACUUGGACCAAACAGAAUUCACCGGUUUCUCUUUUGUCAACCCAGAGUAUAUCGUCACUGUUUGA